UCAGACUCUACGUAGCCGUAAUUCUCUUCUUUCUUUUUAUGGUUACAACCUAAUAUAUUGCUAUAUAUAUAAGUUUGGCCAAUCUAUUUUUUAUAUGUUUUGAUGAUGGAAUUGUCAAUAAUGAAAAAGAAGUGUUCUAAAAAAAUAGUUGUUAGACAGUACAAGAAAUCAUCAAUUCCUCGACUUAGAUGGACACCUCAACUUCAUGAACUCUUCAUUGAAGCUGUUCAACAUCUUGGAGGAGGACAUAAAGCAACUCCAAAGAGAAUUCAACAGAUGAUGGCAGUAAAGGGAUUGAAGAUUUCUCAUGUUAAAAGCCAUCUCCAGAUGUACAGAAACUUGAAGGAGCCAGCCAACCUUAAUAUUGUUAGGUCUAUGAACAACUUCCAUGAAGAGAGACCACAAUUCUCAUUUUCUUGCUCUUCCCCACUUGAGCAUGUAUGUGAAACGUUAGAAUAUGGUCCUUCAAAGAGCAGCAAGCAGAUUGACCCUCUAAGUGAUCAAUCCCCCAAUUACAAAGCAAUAAUCAAUGCACAUAUUGCUGAAAAUAAUAUAUAUUGCUAUGACUACCAGGAAGCACAAGGAAGUUUAAGUAGUGGAAUGACAAAGGAAGAAGAAGAAGAUGGUGGUCCAAGUAGUGAAAUUUGUGAGUUUCCACAUGAAGCAGAUGGUGAAUGUGAAAGGGAGAUCAAUUUUUGGCCUUUAGAUAAUUAUCAUAAAAAUUCCCAAUGUGAUACCUCCGCAAAGCAAGUUGUGCAAUCUACAAAGGACAAUUCUCACAUUAACCUAGAUUUAUCUAUCUCUUCAUGUUUCUAUUGUUAAAUAAAAUUAGGGAUCGCUGAUUAAUGGGAUAAGGAUAAUAAUCUUGAGAUAUUUGACUAUAUUUGAUAAUGAAUAUUAUUUAAUCUCAAGAUUAUUUUACUCCACUGUCUCAUAUAGAAGAUGGUGGAGUAAAAUAUCCUCUUUAUCUAUCCCGUUUCACCGACCAAACGACCCUUUGUGUAAUAUAGAGUAGUCCCCCUAGCUAGUAUUUUAUACAUUAACGUGGGAUACCAAUAACGCUGGCAUUUGUAUCUAGGAGCCCAGUAAUUUUUGUACGAAUCAUGAACAAAGAAACUCUAGUCGAUUAAUUAUUUAAUUCUUA